UAAUCCUUGAUCGUCCCUUUGAUUGCAGUCCUUGCGCAACCCCGAGGGCCACCCCUACAACACGAUGGACUACAGCCUGCAACUGUCGGCCGACGGGAACGUGGUGCUGGUACCGCGCUCCGGUCAGUCGAGCGGCGGCCAAUAUUCGACGCGCUCGUCCAUGGACUCGACGAAGGCCGGCGCCAAACCCGAUAGCGGCCACCACCACCAACAACAGCAGCAACAGCAACAGCAACAGCAACAGCAACAACAACAGCAACAACAGCAGCCCCAGCAUCACCAGCAGCACCAGCAACACCAGCACCAACAUCAGCACCAACAUCAUAAUCAGCACCAACAGCACCAACAGCAGCAACCGCCUCAGCACCAUCAGCAACAUCCUCAACAACAGCAGCAGCAGCAGCAGCAGCAUCCGGAGCACAAGGAGUGA